CAAUGGCUCUGGUGAGUCCAAUCCCGACAAUGGGAGAAAGGGUUGGAUCCAUGAGAUUUCAUGGGAUAGAUAGUCCAGGAUCCAGGUCAAACAGGACCGAGAUAAUGGAGGAGCCAGUUUCGCGCUUGAUCGAGGAGAAAGUCUAUGUGGCGGUGGGGAAAGAUGUGGCAAAGAGCAAAUCCACUCUCAUCUGGGCACUACAGAACACCGGAGGCAAGAAGAUCUGCAUCCUCCAUGUUCACCAGCCGGCCCAGAUGAUCCCUGUUAUGGGUGCGAAAUUCCCAGCUAGUGCUGUGAAGGAGGAGGAAGUCAGGGUGUACAGGGAAACAGAAAGGGAGAAGGUGCAUAUGAUCCUGGACGAGUACCUUCGUUUAUGCCAGCAGAGAGGGGUCCGGGCAGAGAAGAUGUAUAUUGAAAUGGACUCUGUCGAGAAGGGCAUUGUGCGAUUGAUCUCCCAGCAUGGAAUCAGGAAGCUUGUCAUGGGAGCGGCAGCCGACAAAUACCACUCUAAGAAAAUGAUGGAUCUGAGAUCCCGGAAAGCCAUCUCUGUACGUCGAGAAGCACCGGCUACUUGCCAUAUAUGGUUUACCUGCAAAGGAUCCCUAAUUUACUUAAGGGAAGCUACAGCUGAUGACAGUGAGUCAGAAUAUGCAUCUCCACGUCCUUCCAUCAGUGGAAGUGAUGAUCUCCAAACUCUCUCAUCACCGGAAUCUGAGAGUCGGCCGAAUAUUUCUCAUGUGGAAAGCAAUGAUUCAGUUCAAGAUUUAGGGCACGAUGCAAGUUUGGCUGGACAAAGCUGGAGGUCAUCAGAUGACCCCUUGGAUACUGACAAGGGGGAGAGAGCUCUGAGAACCAGUCCUUCAGGAUCUGAUAUACAUUUGAGGCAAUUUGUGGGGAGCGGAAGUGCACCAGGCUCGAGUGCAGUUGAAGUGAAUUCUGAUCACUCGUCUCCUCGCAGUGUCCCGGGCGAGAACCCAGAUGAUGGAUUUUAUGAUCAAAUCCGACAAGUUAUGGCAGAUGCCAAGAAUUCGAAACGGGAAGCAUUUGGAGAGGCAUCCAGGCGCCAGAAAGCUGAAAAAAAUGCUCUUGAUGCCAUCAGAAGGGCUAAACAAUCAGAAAUUGCCUAUUCUGAGGAAUUGAAGCGAAGGAAAGAAACAGAGAUUACACUGGCCAAAGAAAAAGAGAAACUUGGAAAGAUAAAAAAGGAGCAAGAAGAAGUCAUGGAAGAACUCAGAAGUGCAUUAGAUCAGAGAGCUCUGCUUGAGAACCAAAUAGCAGAAUCUGACAGGACAGUAGAAGAGCUGAGACAGAAGAUCGUCUCGGCUGUAGAGUUGUUACAAAGCUUCAAGAAAGAACAAGAUGAGCUCCAGACAGAACGCGAUAGAUCACUCAGAGAAGCUGAGGAGCUAAGGAGAAAUCAAACCGAGACCUCAGACCAACAGUUGUCUCAGUUCUUCACUGACUUUAAUUUCUCGGAGAUCGAGGAAGCAACCAAUCACUUUGAUCCAACCCUGAAGAUCGGGGAAGGUGGAUAUGGGAGUAUCUUCAUUGGUAUACUUCGCCAUACACAGGUGGCUAUAAAAUUGUUGAAUCCUACCAGUUCGCAAGGUCCUGUGGAAUAUCAACAGGAGGUUGAUGUGUUGAGUAAAAUGAGGCAUCCAAAUAUCAUCACACUCAUUGGAGCCUGUCCAGAAGCAUUGAGUCUUGUCUAUGAGUUUCUUCCCAAUGGAAGCCUUGAAGACCGGCUUAACUGCAAGGAUAAUUCUCCGCCCUUAUCAUGGCAAAACCGAGUGCGCAUUGCCACUGAGAUAUGUUCAGCCCUUAUGUUUCUACAUUCCAAUAAAGCUCAUAGCGUUGCCCAUGGUGAUCUAAAGCCAGCAAAUAUCCUUCUCGAUCCCAAUCUCGUCAGCAAAUUAAGCGACUUUGGUACCUGUUCUCUACUUUGUCGUAAUGGAAGAACAAGUGCCUCAACUGAUGUCAAGGGUACUUUUGCGUACUUGGAUCCAGAAACCUGCAAUAACGGGGAGCUAACCCCGAAGUCAGAUGUUUACUCUUUCGGGAUUAUAUUGUUGCGGUUGCUGACCGGGAGGCCAGCCUUGAGGAUUACAAACGAAGUGAAGUAUGCAUUAGAGAGCGGAAAACUGAGCAGCCUUUUGGACCCGUUAGCGGGUGACUGGCCGUUUGUUCAGGCUGAGCAGCUGGCUCGAUUGGCACUGAGAUGCUGUGAGACGGUGAGUGAGAACCGUCCAGACCUUGGGACGGAAGUGUGGAGGAUACUUGAACCCAUGAGGGCCUCUAGUGGAUCGUCGUCUUUCCAUCUCGGUCCUAACAACCACCACCAGAUAGCUCCUCCGUACUUCAUUUGUCCUGUUUUCCAGGAAGUGAUGCAGGAUCCGCAUGUGGCAGCAGACGGGUUUACGUACGAAGCGGAAGCUAUAAGAGCGUGGCUGGACAGUGGAAACGAUACUUCGCCUAUGACAAACGCCAAGCUUUCCCACACCAGCCUUGUUCCCAACCACGCUCUUCGGUCCGUCAUUCAGGAAUGGCUUUCACAUCAUCGGUAAACAUACGUAGAGCAUACUGUAUAUUUGUUUUUUGUUCAGAAUAGUUGUAUAUAUACCCCCUGUAUUUUUGUCAGAUGUGAAGAGAGAAAGUCAUUGAGAGAUGUCUACAUAUAUACAUACAUAAUAUGAUGUUUGUAACGCAAGUUUAAUACUUUAAAAAAGGUCGUUUGUUGUAAGAUAUGCAUAUUAAUGUUACAGUUUUAUCAUC